ACUGCAAGGCCAAUUUCCGAAGCGCAGACACGUCGUGACCCGCCGAGAUCAUUGUCUUUCAACCCCCUCCUCCCGUGUCCUUAUCCUAUCUCACCCCUCACGUUUGCCACUACGGACGUGUCUUUUGAACAAAUAACAAAGAGCGCAAUUGACUCUUUGUGCCUGUGUACGGCAAGGGUAGAAUUUCCGUCCCUACUGCUCAUUUAA